AUGGCGGCCCCGCCCCGCGCCACCGCGGUCCUCGCGUGGGGUUCCGGGGAGGACGGGCAGCUGGGCAUGGGCGGGAACGAGGAGAAGGACUGGGCCCACUGCGUGGAGGCGCUGGGCCCCUACGCCGUCACCGCCGUCGUCGCCGGCAGCCGCAACUCCCUCGCCAUCUGCGACGACGGCCGCCUCUUCACUUGGGGGUGGAACCAGCGCGGCACGCUCGGGCACCCGCCGGAGACCAAGACGGAGAGCUCCCCGGGCCCCGUCGACGCCCUCGCGGGUGUCAAGAUCGUCCAGGCGGCGAUUGGCGGGUGGCAUUGCCUCGCAGUUGACGACAAGGGGCGCGCCUACGCCUGGGGGGGGAACGAGUACGGGCAGUGCGGUGAGGAGCCCCAGAGGACGGAGGACGGGACGAGGGCGCUCUGGAGGGACAUCCCGACCCCGCAGCGCUGCGCGCCCAAGCUCAAAGUCCGGCAAGUAGCUGCUGGAGGGACACAUUCAGUGGUUUUGACUCAAGAAGGUCACGUCUGGUCAUGGGGACAGCCAUGGCCUCCUGGCGAUAUCAAGCAAAUAUCUAAACCAGUACGUGUGCAAGGCCUUGAGAAAGUGAGAGUCAUUGCUGUAGGUGCAUUCCAUAAUUUGGCACUAACAGAGGAUGGAAUUUUGUGGGCAUGGGGUAGUAAUGAGUAUGGUCAGCUGGGGACUGGAGAUACCCAACCAAGAUCACAUCCGAUACGUGUCGAAGGACUAUCUGAUCUCUCACUGGUUGACAUUGCUGCUGGAGGCUGGCAUUCAACUGCACUAACUAUAGAGGGAGAGGUGUAUGCUUGGGGGAGAGGAGAGCACGGGAGGCUUGGAUUUGGAGAUGAUAAGAGUAGUCGCAUGGUGCCCCUAAAGGUUGAGCUUCUAGCUGGAGAAAAUAUUGUUCAGGUAUCAUGUGGAGGAACACAUUCAGUUGCGUUAACUCGAGAUGGCCGGAUGUUUUCUUAUGGGAGGGGCGACCAUGGCCGUCUGGGCUACGGCAGGAAGGUGACGACGGGCCACCCCAUGGAAGUGCCCAUCGACCUGCCGCCGCCCAAGACCAGCAGCAGCCCCGACGGGCAGUGGCAGGCUAAGUACGUGGCUUGUGGCGGGCGGCACACCCUGGCUAUUGCGGAGUGGACAGAGGCCACCGACUGA